CUGAACACAGAGCAAAUGAAUGUUAUAAUGAAAGUUUGUGAACUUCAAAGGAGUAGAAAGAGACAAGAGUCCGACAGACUUAUAUCUGGUAUACCUUGCUGUGAAAGUUUACAUAACAAAUGGUUUUUCAACGUCAUUGUUUUCUUGACAAUAGUUGUUUUUGAUGCAGCGGACCUUAUCAGCGACUGGUUGCUAUAUAAGGAUAUUGCUGGUAUUGAGAAAGGCUUGGUUUACGGCCCGCCUGGAGAAUCCCUCUGCUGCGCACUUCUUGCCUUUUGCAUCAUAGGUACCAUAACCAUAACGUUCGAAACGUUAAAUUUAUGGUCGGAAAUAUUUCGUGAUAACCCCUUUAUCAAUGUUGACAUACCAUCACUUAUUACAGUAUGGAUAGAAGAUGUGCCACAGAUAACAAUCAACGUCUAUCUUGUUGCCUGCCGUGAAGAAGCCAUCAGUUACUUUCAACUUGUUAAAGCUUCUAUGAUACUAAUUUGUACUAUCAUUAAAUUUGUUAUCUAUUUGACUCUGUUCUGCCGCAAAAGGUCCCAGAAACAUAACACAUCGACAAGUCUAGUAGUUUGUAGAGUUAUCAUGAUGAUAGGAUUGUUAAUAACAUUUGCCGGUGCUGUUGUAGUCUUCUGCUUUGCGCAACAUGAGCGGGAUCGUGACGGAAAAUUGCAUUUUAAAACCCCGCAGAGUAUCUUUGAGGGCAAGUAUGAUGAUGCGAAAUAUUUCAACAAUGUCAGUAUAUACUUCAGCCAUAAACUAUUUGAUUGGAAUGAGAGGGCUACCAGCCCCGCUGAAAAACGAAAUCUUCUAAGACUUUUUACAAUUGAUGAUAUAAGACAAGAAAACGUUGAUAGGACUAUUAAGAUACAGUAUGAUCAUGUCACUGGGCCAUCAAAAGUAGUUAUAAUAGAAAGUGAUGAGAGUGAAAGUAUGCGAGUCAAUGAGUGCUUUCAGAUGGAUCGAACUGGAAUCAAUAUUAUUACUGGAUCUAAUUGUACAGCUUAUAUUACGUCAUCAAUUAAUGAAUUUGUGUUUAAAUUUCGCUACAUUAAACCGUAUUCUCCAAAACUUAUUUUUGGCGAUAUAAGGUACAACAUUAAAGUCAAAUACAGUUCGGUUGCACAGUGUAAAUUUCCAGACUUUAUUCUAAGUAACAAUAUUAGCGAUCAGUCAAAUGGCAAAGAAGCAGCUCUUCACUACUACAGAACCAUGAGCAGUCAUGAUGAGACAAACCACGUGAUACAUACGUCAGCGACUGAUGGAACAUUCUACCAUUCCGGCAGCAUGGAGGACAUCAGUGAUGUGUGGAAAACUGGUUUUGCACACUGUAAGAGCACGGGAAGUCUUGCACCACAUCAUGAUGUCUCUAUUGAUGUACCGUGUACCUAAGGUGUUCACGAGUUUUUCAUGACACCGGUGCAUGCUAAUGUUGUAUAAUUUCACAAUUUAAAUUUGAAGAAACAUUUAGAGGCAAAACUAUAUGGUGUAAUAUUCAAGUGUAUAAUAUUCCCUGAGAAUGCAAGACAGACAUAUUAAAAUCAAAUAAGCAAACAAAUGGAAAUAUCGCAAGCGCUUUGCCCAAGUUAGCAUUCAUAUUUCUCUUAAAUUUGUGUGUAUAUAAAAUGUUCUAAUGUUAGGUAGGACUGUAAUUUUACAUCAAAUGUUUCAUCAAUCUGUUAAUGUUUUCUAUGUGAAGCAUAUUGUUUGCAAAGAAGGGCUACAUGUACAUAAUGAGAAUAAUAAAAGAAAUCACUAC